AUGUCUCACCUCCAAUGGUAUGCGUACGAGGGCGUAGGAUCACAGAAUGUUGAACAACAUGCGUACAGUCAAGCCGUCAGAGUAGGAGACAGGAUUGAAUGUUCUGGUCAAGGGGGUUGGGACCCCAAGUCCGGAGAAUUCAACCGGGAAAUCACUGCUCAAAUCGAACAAGCUUUCAAGAAUGUCGAUCUAAACUUGAGGGAUGCGGGAGGUAAAGGCUGGGAACAGGUCUUCAAAGUGGUAACUUAUCACGUGCCUGUCAACAACGAAGCCAUUGAAGCCGUGUCCGCAGGGUUCCGAAAGUGGUGUCCUAAUCACAAACCUCUUUGGACGUGCAUUGGUGUUACCAGACUCGGUGAAGACGAUAUGAGAAUAGAAAUCGAUGUGGUCGCCCAUGACCCGAAAUAA